AAAACGAGAAGUAGUUGUUCUUCUCGAUCUUGACGUUUCGACGAAGGGUCUUGAGAUUCAACGUGGUUUAGUCCCAGUUUUCUUCCUUCACGACGGAAUCGUUUGGCCGAGACGAGUUCCUCGAAGAAGUUUUCGAAGUCGUAAUGCCGAAGGA